CAUGGGAAAAAAUUAGCGGGAAUCAUUAAAAAUGAGAUUAAGAUGUAAUGAACCUGGUUCUGAAAAUAAGCGAAUAAAUUAUUUUAAGCUAAACUAAGGUUAUGAUAUUACAGAAGAUGAUUCAGAAUAUAUGGAUGAAUAAGACUCAUAUAAGGCAUUUAAAAAAAUUAGGAAAUACAAAACAAAAUCCAAAAAAGAUAAAGUGUAAAUUGUUUUUAGUUAAUUAGAACUUGUGACAAUUUAGAAGUGUUGUUAUAAUGGAAAAAAUCAAUUAAUACUCAACCAUAUGAAACAGAUCAAAAAAAGUAACCAUAAUAUUCUAAUCUAAGGAUUGUUGUACUCAAAAAGAUUCUAGGGACAGAUCUAUCCCAAUAUGCCAAAGGAGUUUAAGGAAUUUUUAUUGAUAAUCAUUUUAAAAAAGAUUUAGUAAUUACCCUUAAUAUAUAUAGAAAAAUUUAGAUCUAUCCAAAAAGCUAAUAUCUAAUGGAAUUUUAUUUAUUUGGUCUGAUAAAGGGCUUAUAAAUGAAAUUCUUGAAACUAUGGAAAAUAAAGGAUUUACAUAUAUUGAGAAUCUGGUUGUAGUUUAGCUUAGUUUAGAAAAAGCUUUAGAAGAAUUGAAUAAACAUAUGAAAAUUGAACAGACUGAAGAUGCUGUCUUAGACAAUUUAAAUUUCUUAUAAUAAAAGGUUUAAGUAAAAGAUUUGAUCUUGCAUCGUCCUUCAAAAGUUUUAAAUUAAUCAAAAUAAGUGUUGAUAAUGUUUAGGAAAUUUGAUGAAUAAAAGUCAUAACUAGAAUUAAGACAUUAAAGAACUCCUGAUGUAUUAUUUGAUAUUGUAAGUAAUGGAAAAUCAUCCUUAAAAACAAAAGAGUAUAUUUAUUAGACCAUUGAAACAUUGCUUCCAAAGUCUUAAUUGAUGGAGAUUUUUGCUUAAAAAGAUUAACCUAGAAAGGGGUGGAUUAGUGUUUGUGAAAAUAAAUGA